AUGGAGCAACAACUAUUCAAAUUGAAGGUAAAAUUUGGAGGAUAUUUUAAGAAGGUUAAGAAUUCUACAAGACUUAAGUACUACUUUGGAAGACAAAAGAGCUGGUUAGUUGAUGUUGACUGUUAUUGCUAUAAGGACCUAUAUGAUGAUAUAGUGCAUACCUUCAAUUUGAAGCUUGAAGAGACUAUAAAGAUUUGGUCUGUGAUUAGACAUUUAAUGCCUAAGUCUUACAUGAUAUUAGACACAGAUCAAAAAUUAAUGAGUUUGUUUGAGGAGUAUAAGGAUUUAAAAGAGUGCUUCAUAUUUGUCACAAAAGAGACCAAUAUUAUACAACUUUCUCAAUCAAUACUAGGCAGCCAAGAUCAAAUUGAAACAUGUAGAAGCACUGCAACUGCAAUAGAAGAGAUUCGAGAGGAUGAAGUAAGAGAAAACCAAAGGUACAAUGAAAAUGAGCAUCUAGCUACAAUAGGCAUUGAUACUUUAGCUACUGCUAUUGAAAAUAAUGACUUUGUUGGGGUAAAUGAUGAAACUUUAUCUCAAGAGGAGCAGGAAACAGAUACUGAAAUUUAUGGUUCUGAGAGUAGCUAUCACAGUAUUUAUAAUAGCGAUUCUGAUGAUGAUGAUGAAAAUAUCAUAGAGUAUGAGGGAGAGACAUAUGAGAUGGACAUUGUGGAUCCUAACAUGGCCGUAGGGACAAAAUAUACAAGUCGAGAACAGUUCAAGGUGGCACUGAGUCAGUAUGCUAUAUUGAAUGAAUUUGCCGUAAGAGUUCUCAAAAGUGAGCCUGGUAGAAUGACAGUGAGUUGCAAAGAUGAAGCUUGUAAUUGGAGACUUCAUGCUUCACUAUUAUGUGAUGGUCAUACAUUUCAGGUCAAAAAAUUGAAGGAACCUCAUACGUGCUCAUCUAUAAACAAAUGUGGCAACAAGAUGGCCACACAAUUUUGGAUAUAUGAUAGGAUCAUUGGUUGGCUACGAAAAGAGGGUGACCUGUCGCCUAUUGAGUUAAAAAGGAGAUUGUUGCAAUUCUAUCAUCUUGAGCUUCCAUACCACAGAGUUUGGAGAGGAAAGGAGCUUGCCAUGUCUAUGAUUCAUGGUAAUUGGGCAGAUUCUUUUGAGAGAAUGGAGGAUUUCAAGGAGGAGCUUUUGAGAAGAAACCCAGGUAGUGUAGUAAAGCUAAAGUUAGAUGUGGUUGAUGACAAGCAUUACUUCCACCGCUUCUUUAUUUGUCUGCAAGCUUGCAGUACGGGCUUUUUAGCUGGUUGUAGGCCUUUCAUAGGCCUAGAUGGUUGCCACUUAAAGGGAAAGUUCAGGGGUGUGAUGAUGGCUGCUACAUCACUUGAUGGAAAUAAUGGUUUGUUUCCAGUUGCUUUUGGUAUUGCAGAAUCUGAAAAUAGUGAUAGCUGGACUUGGUUUUUGGAGGCACUUAAAGAAUCAAUUCAAACUCCAGAAGGUCUGGUACUUGUAUCAGAUCGACAAAAGGGACUCGAAGAAGCAGUGCAACAUAUAUACCCUCAAGCAGAGCAUAGAAAAUGCAUGAGACACUUGUACAAAAACUUUCAAACAAAGUUUCCAGGAGACUGGCUUAAAAUUAAGGUAUGGGGAGCUGCAAGGGCAUAUACAAAAGUCCAACAUGACGAUAUCAUCAAUCAAAUUAAGGAGGCUAGCUUGGAGGCAUUCAAGUAUCUUAAUGCUGAAAAUAUUGGCUUAUGGAGUAGAUCUCAGUUUGGCAUCACAGCUAAGUGCUCCUAUAUAACAAACAACCUUUCGGAGUCAUUCAAUGCUUGGAUUUCUGAGGCUAGACAUAGGCCAGUUCUUGAUUUAUUAGAUGUCGUAAGACAAAAAAUUAUGGUGAAAAUGGAAGCAAGAAGGAGAAUGGCUGCCCGUUGGAAAGGAAAUUUAGUUCCUGUGGUAAUGAAGUAUGUAAGAGACAUUAGCCUUAAGCUAGGUGAUUAUAAUGUUUAUAGAACCAGUGAUUAUAGAGCAGAAGUAAUUGAGACUAAUGGAAGACAUGAAGUAAUUCUAAAUGAACAAAGGUGCUCUUGUCGUCUGUGGGAGGUGUCGGGCAUUCCUUGUGUGCAUGCUGCAGCUUUUAUUUGUAGUAUGAGAGGUGCAAAUUUGGAAAAUUAUGUCUCGGAGUACUUCACUGUUGCCAAGUAUAAGACUGCCUAUGCAUUAGAAAUUGGACCAUUACCUGACAAGGUCCAAUGGAUAAAAGUUGAUAUUGGAUAUAAGGUAUUGCCUCCUAAGCUCAGUCUAAGACCUCCAGGAAGGCCUAAAAAGAAGAGAAUUAGGGGUACAGAUGAGAAUACAUCGAAGAAGAUGCACAAAUGCCUAAGGGAAAUGGUUCAAGAGGAAGAGUGUCAUGUUCAGGAGGCACAUAUGCAGUGUUCGUAG